AUGCUGCCCCCAAUUCCCUCCCUUCCCAUGGACUGGCCUUUUUUGUACCCCUGGCCCACCGCUGACGAGAACAAGCAAGUUAUGCUUGCAAAGCAACGCAUACAACAAGUUCGUCGACGACGCCGCCUCCAAUUUGAGUACUUGCUCAUGGAGUGCAAGAGACGCAAAACUAUUUGCUGCUGCCAGCUCCGUGAGAACUUGACCCGGUACGGCGCCAACAAUAGUCACAAUCGUCGUUACCUCAAGCGCCUCCUACGCAAAGACGAUGACUCGCGCAACCCUUACGCUCAUGUCAGCAAGGAAGACGCUCAGAUAGAACUAUUGGCCCGUGGCAUCUGCUUGAAGAAAGACGCCAUCGAUUCUCGCUAUGCAUUGCGCUGUGCAUUGCAGGUCGCAGACGCUCAGCGCCAAAUUAAUUUCUUGCGCCUGCCCAAGGAAGUUCGUCUGCUUGUGUACGAGCACGUCGUGAGUGAUGAUCCAGUCGGACUGGCUCGUCCUACUCUCCUCGCAGUCAACAAGCAGAUCAGAGAGGAAGCCAGCCCAAUCUUUUUUCGCCUUAACUCCUUCCGUCUGGACCUGUAUCCAGGUUAUUACAUCGCCAACGCACCUAAAUUCGACCUGAAGACCUACAAAUGGCUUGACCUUAUCGGUCCGGAUGGCAUCAAAGAGCUGCGCAACAUCUCGCUCACAAGCAACAACGAAGAGUAUAACAUCGACUUGUCUUGCGGCGAUGCUGGCCAGUGGAGCACCACGCUUCGCCCUCGCGCCUACACCUCCCGACCCCACCACUCUCGCCAAAAGUGUUCCGCCAGAAAAACAAAGACCCUGGAAGCACAUCUCGCCGAUGCCAGAAAAGCCGUCGAAGGAGAUGUGGAAGAUAUGGCUCAGUCAGAUAAAGACUUGGUGUACCUCAACAACCUUUUCAAGCAAAAGAAGUCUGCUCACGAGUGUAUUCAGAAUGGAAUGGAUACUUUUGCUGCUCUUUGUGGUGAGGACAAGAGUAUUGAACCUACCAUCGAUGGACUCGAAAUCCUCAUCGAUGCGAUCACCCUCAAAGACCAGAAGAUGAGAGAUUCCGUCAACGCUGUCUUUCGUGGGGAAGUCUGA